AUGCAUGAGCUUAACGUUGAAUGUAACUCUGAAGCUGGAAAUGUUUCCCAUCAGCCGGUUUCUUCAAGGCUUACAGAGAAAAGUCCUUCAACAUUAAUUUUACGAUUUGUUGCCCAAAAAAACAAAACCGCCUACACAGCAGUUCAGCAACUUUCGAGGUCUAACAACACAGAGACAGAGAAAAGAAGUCUCGACAAUUACUCGAUGCAAUGCAAAACAAAUGCCUUGAACAUGACAACAAAUUGA